GCGGCUGAGUGACCUGCAGCCUGGCGGGAGGGGGCGUGUUCUCGGGUGGCGGGCUGUGCAGAGCGCGGGAGGUUUCAAUGUGGCGGGAAGGCGUCCGGUUACCGAUCACAUCGUAGCCCCCCCUACCAGGGGGAACAUGGAGCGAGUUCCCGAGCUGUACGUGCAGUGUGACACACGGAGACCGCCUGUCAGGCUCAGCCGAUCACAUCCCUGCUCUCAGAAUGCACCUUGUUUUUCGGCCCCUUUGCCAUCACCUCUCCCUUCUCAGUUGUUGGUUUUUGGGAUGGGGGACUGGUCUGGGUUAUCUGCCGAUGGCAAAGUAAUAGUGACUUUGGAAGGAGGAGCCAAAAUGUACACUCUUGGAACACUGUCAGAGGAGUCUAGAUGCUUUAUUUGGGAAUGUGGCCUUACUAAUGAUGCCCACCCUUCAUUUGAGGAGGGAGAAUUACGCAUCCAUAUGGAGAUACAAGGACAGACUGGUGGAAAAUACACUGGACUGAAGCAGGAACGUGGGAAGAGGAAGAGAAUGCAAGAGGAGCAGGAGAAUGUUUGCCCUAAUAGUAGACAUUUGAACGGUACUACCCAGCAAAAGAACGCCAACAAGAGUGGUUCAUCCAAAGUCAUUACCUCCGUGAAGGGCACUGCGGCAGGCCCUACAGGAAGAUGGGGCCAUGCCCUCUGUCCCAUUGACUCCAAAACUGUUAUCCUUGUUGGUGGACAGGGUACACGUAUGCAGUUCUGUAAGGACUCCAUGUGGAAGCUUAAUACAGAAGAAGACACUUGGUCUCCAGCAGAGGCUCUGGCAGAUGGCCCUUCUCCAGAAGCGCGAACAGGUCAUACUGCAGUUUUUGAUCCAGAAAGUCAACGGAUUUAUGUAUUUGGCGGUUCAAAGAAUAAGAAAUGGUUCAAUGACGUUCACAUCUUGGAUACAGAAACUUGGAAGUGGAGCAGUGUGGAGGCCCGGGGAAAAGUUCCGCCUCUUUCAUAUCAUAGUUGUUCUUUGUUUCGAGGAGAAAUGUUUGUGUUUGGGGGUGUCUUUCCACGUCCCAACCCAGAACCUGAUGGUUGCAGUGAUUCGCUUUACAUCUUCGAUCCAGAACAUGAAAUUUGGUAUCAACCAAUUAUAUUUGGGGAGAAACCUUCUGCGCGCUCUGGACAUUCUGCCUGCCUGAUGCGCAGAGAGCUCUAUAUAUUUGGAGGUUGGGACACUCCUGUGUGUUUCAAUGACCUUUACCUGCUGGAUCUGGGGCUCAUGGAGUUCUCUCCUGUUAAAGUCAAUGGAUGUUCUCCCUCUCCCCGCUGUUGGCAUUCUGCUGCACCAGUUUCAGAUACUCACUUUCUUACUCAUGGAGGCUAUGAUGGAAAUCUGGCUCUCAGUGAUACCCAUGUGUUCAACACAGUCACAAAGACAUGGACGUCCUUGGUUCACAGUUCCUUGCCUCGUUUACCACGUGCUGGACAUUCCAUGCUACCACUUCCCAGGGCUAAAGAAGACAAAAAUUCAAAGGGAACACCACAGGACCUUCUAAUAUUUGGAGGAGGAGACAACGAGGGACAUUUUUACAGUGAUACUGUGAGGCUACAUCUUGCAGACCUUCUUGUUCUGUAGAUCCUUGCAGUGAGGUUA